AUGAAGUUCUUUUCACAGCUGUUAGUGCUGGGUUUGGCAGCUGAAGUCACGAUAGCUAGUAGCUGGUUCAGUAACGCUGUCUACAACAAAUGGCACGAGACUGAACUUGAGAGGUGGCUUUCAGAUAACAACAUUCCAUAUCCAACUCCUGCCGAUCGUAAGGAUUUGGAAAAUUUAGUAAAGGAGAACUGGCAAACGAAGGUUGCAUCACCAUAUCAUGAAUGGGAUACCAAGCAACUCACCUCUUACUUGAAACAAAAGGGUGUUGAGACCAAGGAUACUGCCGAAAGCAAUAAGGAUGGCUUGAUUGCUCAAGUCAAGACUUAUUGGUACGAGGCGGAAGACAAGGCGGAAGAUGCUUGGUCAAAUGUUAGAGACUGGGUGUUUGAUAGUUGGACUGAUUCUCAACUUCUGGCAUUUGCUGAUUACCAUCACAUCCCCGUUCCACACCCAAGGAGAAGAGACAGUAUUCUCCAAAAGAUUCGUUCCAGCUAUGAUUCUAUUGCAAAGAAGGCCGGCGAGACUGCUGCCUAUCCUGGUAAUUGGCUUUAUGAAACUUGGUCGGAGUCCGAUCUCAAGGAAUGGCUUGAUACCCAUGGCAUCCCAGCACCUCAACCAUCUACCCGUGAUAAGUUAAUCGCUACUGUACGACGUAAUGCUCGUGUUGCUAGCCUUAGAAGUGCCGAUCUCCAAGCAUCUGCCUCCGCUUCAGCUUCAGCUGCCACUGAGUCAUUGAGUGAGCAACUUCUUAACGCGUGGUCUGAUUCCCAAAUUAAGGAAUGGGCCGACAAGAAUGGUAUCAAGGUUCCCCAAGGAAGCAAAAGAAAGGAAUUGUUGGCUAUCGCACGUAAACAUAAGGCCCAACUUCUUGGGGAUACUGCUAGCGCUUCCGCUAAGAAAUUUGCAAGCAAGGCAAGCUCCUCUGGAGCAUCCGCUUUUGGUGCUGCUACUAGCUCUGCUGGAAACCAAUAUGCAAAAGCUACUGAUGAUGCUCAACUCAAGUCAGAAGAUGCUUUUAACGCUGCUAUCCAAUCAUGGAGCGAUUCCCGCCUCAAGGCUUACCUUGAUGCCAGGGGUGUCCCCGUUCCACAAUCAGGAAAGAAGGAUGAUAUCCUCGCCGCAGUUCGUUUAAACAAACACAAGGCUGCUACUGGGUGGUCUGCUUGGACUUUUGAUACCUGGACUUUGGAUAACCUAAGAGCUUACCUCGCCUCGACUGGUGAUGCUGCUGCCAAGAAGGCAUCGGAGAAAUCUGGAGCUACCCGUGAUGAACUUGUCCGCGCUGCACAAGACUCCUAUGCUUCCGCUUCUAAGGCUAGUGGUGACACAUAUGCGAGCGUCACAUCUUAUCUUGCCAAACAAACUGACGCAGCUAAGGAUGCUACAUUCGAGACUUGGUCUGAUUCAGAUUUGAAGGCUUAUCUUGACAGCUAUGGUGUCCCCGUUCCACAAGGAAGCACCAAGAAUGAACUCGUUGCUUACGUUCGCAACCAAGCCAACUACUUCAAAUAUGGCACCACCACACCACAAGGUACUCUUUGGGCUAAACUCUCCAAUGGGGCACAAUGGGUUAUGGAUCAACUCUCGAUUGGUGCUGCAUCUGGUCGCAAGCAAGCUGCUUAUCAAGGCGAGAAGGCUGCUGAUGCUGUGAAAGAGGGAGCUACUUAUGCCACUAACCGUGCCGGUGAAGCCGCACAAAAGGCUGGCGAUUAUGUCAAGGAGGAGUUGUAA